GAUGCUGCAGCUCACUCGGGGCUGGAACAGCCUCCUUGCUUAUCAGCUUUUAAUUAGACAGGUGACCUGGUUUCAGCACCACUGUGCGUCAACAGCUCCGGGAGUCCAGCGCGCAUAUUUAUCCAGCCUUUACCCGCCUUGCGCCUCUGACAGACAGAAGUGCUUCCCUUCCCCCCAAUCCCCCCCCACCCACCCCCACCCCGCCCCUCAAGGCGCAGCCUUUCCGCGGCAGUUUCAGCACCAGGACUGGAGCUGUCCAAGCGUUCAGCACUUUUUUUUCAUUUCUCAGGAAACGAAAUCCGUACCAGAAUCACUCACGCAGCCAAGAUAUAGAAACGGGCUCCUGCGCGCUCCGUGGCAGAUUAUCUCAGGAUGGCGUCAAAACGUGUUGGCCUUUUCCUGCUCCUCCAGCUUCUUGUUCUGAAUGUAGUGAGCCAGACAUCUGCCUUCCCCACACCUACAGCCUCAGCGGAUGAUAAAUCUGUGUACAACAGACAGCUGACAGAAGAAAGGCCUUUACAGGAACAGAUUGCAGAGGCAGACAUUGUGAAGGCUGCAGUACAGUCCGCAGAGAGCAAACAACCCGCAGCCUCCAAGGACGGAGAGUCAGAGCGGGGUGAUGACUUCACCAUGCUCAAGUCUCUGGCCGACGGCCAGAAAUCAAAAGAACCCCCGGAAGGGCCACUGAAGAAGGAGGAUCAGUAUAUCCCCGAUGAAUCUGAUUCCACAAAGAGCCGACGCCUGGCUGACGAUUAUGACUCCACUAAGAAUGGGAUGGACUACAGCAAGUACCAGGAUGACCCAGAAAGCUUCCGGCAGGUUGACGGCACCCCGCUGACUGCUGAGGAUAUUGUUCAGAAGAUUGCCAACAAAAUAUACGAGGAGGAUGACAGAGGGGUUUUCGACAGGAUCGUGUCCAGGCUGCUGAAACUGGGGCUGAUUACUGAAAAUCAGGCGGAUACUCUGGAGUAUCAGGUGGCCAAGGCUCUCCAGGAUCUCAUCACCAAAAAUGCCAAGAAUAAUGAAAUCGAGGACAUGGAGAGCAUGGACCAGGAGUCUAGGGGAGAGCAGGAUGACCUGGGUCCAGACAUGGACACAUGGGAGCCACCCAGGAGGCGUUACGACGAAGAAGAUGAAAAAGAAGGCAAUGACAAUGAUGAGAUUGGGGACGAGGUGGACAGGGAUACAGAAGAAGAUGUGGACAGGGAUGACAGUAACUGGGAUAAAAAUAAAGAGGAGGGCAACGAGGUGAACCCUGAAGACGGGCUCCAGGACCUGCAAUAUUUCCCAAACUUCUACCUUCUGCUUAAAAGCCUCAAUUCUGAUCAAGACGCUCAGGAAAGAGAAACCCUCAUCACUAUUAUGAAGACACUGAUUGAUUUUGUGAAGAUGAUGGUGAAGUAUGGCACCAUCACUCCAGAGGAGGGAGUUUCAUAUCUUGAGAACCUGGACGCUAUGAUAGCCAUGCAGACAAAGAACAAGCUGGGAAAGUCCCUCAUGGUCCCUGACAUUUCAAGUCUUACUGGGAUGAAAUUGGAUGAAGAUGACAACACCAAAUCUGAGACGGCCAAGAUGCAGAAGGAAUACGAGAACCUGAAGGACUCAACCAAAGAGGAGCAGCCAUCAACUGAGACCAAUCAGCCGGGUAAAUCAGAGACCUAUCUGGAGGCCAUCAGGAAGAACAUCGAGUGGCUGAAGAAGCACAACAAAGAAGAAGGCAAAAAUGAUUAUGACCUGUCCAAACUGAAGGAUUUCAUGGACCAGCAGGUCAACUCAUAUAUCGAGAAAGGAAUUAUCGCCAAAGACGAGGGCGAGACUAUAAAGAGGAUCUACAGCAGCCUGUGACAAAAUCAUCAGUCCAGAACUGAGUCCGAGAACCCCUACAAAAACACUGACUUCUUCAAAUUAUUUCAAAUAGUAUGAUAAAUUAUAUACAUUAUAAUUAAAACAUCUCCAGACAUUCCAAAAAUGAACCAAAAGAUGAGAUCUAAAAUUAAUCUUCAACAAAAUUCAAAGUUACGAUUAAUUCAAAUGUUUAUGUUUGAACCCUAAAAUUGAAGACAAUUAGCUAAAAUCCAAAUUUCAUAAAGGUUCUAUAAUACUUUGUCACAUCACUUGAAGUCUGUGAAUGUAUUUGUUAGAACUACUCUUUACAAUAAAUCUAGAGCUAUCAAAUUAUACUAUGGUGAAACCUGUCUUAGUGAGUCAUAGGUAUCUUAUUUUCCAGUGCAUAUGUAAGAUUCUAUGUAUUUUUGCUUUUUAUUUUACCAUAAUUAUGCUUGUAAUGUUAAAAUGUCUGUGCGCCUUGUUCCUUUUUCCCUCAUUUGUUCUUCUGUAAUUCAUCUGGAGUCCAAUAGGGGGCGGUGUCGCAGUCACUAUUUCUCUUUGCAUGUCCCUGCUCUGUGUUUUAUGUCUCCAUCUCUGUAGAGGCAGAUUAUAAAAGUAUUUUUAAAUGUAAAUAUGUGGGGGAGGGUUUUCCCUAAAGUUGUAAAAACAAAUAAAACAUUGCCUUUUCUGUA